AUGGCUGACGGUGAGGACAUCCAGCCCCUUGUUUGCGACAAUGGAACCGGAAUGGUCAAGGCUGGUUUUGCUGGAGAUGAUGCACCAAGGGCUGUUUUCCCUAGCAUAGUUGGUCGCCCUCGGCACACUGGUGUUAUGGUAGGGAUGGGGCAGAAGGAUGCCUAUGUUGGUGAUGAGGCGCAGUCCAAGAGAGGUAUCCUCACACUCAAGUACCCGAUCGAGCACGGCAUCGUAAGCAACUGGGAUGACAUGGAGAAAAUCUGGCAUCACACCUUUUACAAUGAGCUCCGUGUGGCACCCGAGGAGCACCCUGUGUUGCUCACUGAGGCUCCUUUGAACCCAAAAGCCAACAGAGAGAAGAUGACCCAGAUUAUGUUUGAGACUUUCAAUGUUCCUGCCAUGUACGUCGCAAUUCAGGCCGUGCUUUCCCUCUAUGCAAGUGGUCGUACUACUGGUAUCGUUCUCGACUCUGGUGAUGGUGUCAGCCACACCGUGCCCAUUUACGAAGGAUACGCGCUUCCUCAUGCCAUUCUUCGUUUGGAUCUCGCUGGUCGGGAUCUCACGGACUCCCUCAUGAAGAUCCUCACCGAGAGAGGUUACUCCUUCACAACCUCAGCCGAGCGGGAAAUUGUAAGGGACAUCAAGGAGAAGCUUGCGUAUGUUGCCCUUGAUUAUGAACAGGAGCUGGAGACUGCCAAGAACAGCUCCUCAGUUGAGAAGAGCUACGAGCUUCCUGAUGGUCAGGUCAUCACGAUUGGCGCAGAGAGGUUCAGGUGCCCUGAGGUCCUCUUCCAGCCAUCCAUGAUCGGCAUGGAGUCUUCUGGAAUCCAUGAGACGACCUACAACUCCAUCAUGAAGUGUGACGUGGAUAUCAGGAAGGACCUGUACGGCAACAUUGUGCUCAGUGGUGGCACAACUAUGUUCCCAGGUAUCGCUGACCGUAUGAGCAAGGAGAUCACCGCGCUUGCUCCGAGCAGCAUGAAGAUCAAGGUUGUCGCCCCACCUGAGAGGAAGUACAGUGUCUGGAUCGGAGGGUCCAUCCUAGCCUCACUCAGCACUUUCCAACAGGUACGUUUCUUGUUCAGCCCUACCUUCUAUAACCCAUCUGAACUGGAACCAACAUCUGAAAUAUGUUCUAUUUGGCUAUGUUUGUACCAGAUGUGGAUAUCCAAGGAUGAGUACGACGAGUCUGGCCCGGCUAUCGUCCACAGGAAGUGCUUCUGA